UCAUUGUAUACCAUCAAGCAGAUACAUGUUGUUGUUGUUUCUCGAUCAAGUGCAAAUAUAUUUAUUAGACAGUGUAAGAUGAGUGAAGAAGGACUUAUAGUGAAGUACUUAUGCCAACGAUAAUGUGUCAGUUAUGAAUGCUGUGAAGCCAUGGUUUAAACUACAACAGACACGGUACCUGCUUACAAUAAUAGAAUUUGGGAUCUUAAAUCCACAGUGCGGUCAUAAUUUCCACGGCCCGACUUUACGCCCGUUCUACCAAGCACACGGUUACUUCACAGCAAAAACAUUUCAACGAUAUCAGAUAAACGUACAAAGACAGUGGAUGGAUUAUUAAUUAUCUUUAAAAUCAACAUAAUCUUGAUCUUUCGAGUAGUAAAUAAAUGGGCAAUAAGUUUUCACAAAGCUAUUGUGAUUGUUGAAACAACGCAGGCAGCCGAGCGAGAAGUUACCGUCUAGGUCGACGAUUCACAUAAAGAUAAGACAGAAGGGACAGAUAAACACUCUAAGGAUCAGGCUAAUGAGGACGUGCUAGCUAAAAGCAGGUUGACUGGUUAUUGUUGGAGAUUGGGGAAUGGCGAAAAGUGGGUUUCUCAAAGUUAAUAAUGGACAAUAAAAGGCAGGAAGUUGUUAAUGGGUCAAACUGGAUUUUAUGCUCAAUAAGGUCGUUAUACUGGUGAAAAGACGGAUUUAAUUCGGGUAUGCCUGAAUCAUGGACGGGAAUAAAGUAUUUGGAUGUUUACGGUGAACGUCUACUUAGUAUUGUGUGCAACGGAUUUUAGGAAGGACUACUUAGUAUUGUGUGCAACGGAUUUUAGGAAGGACAGUUUGAGUCAGUUUCAGCCGAUCCUAGAAAGCUGCAUAGUAUUUCACAGUUAUACGUAACCAGGUGAUGCCACUGUAGAAAAAAGCCAAGGACUGCAACAGCUAAGGAAUAUGGCGUAACCGUGCAUGUUUCGUUUGACGAACUCUUCAAUGUGUAGCCAUGAUCUAGCGUUCAUCGACUACAGCUAUGUGCCAUGCGCCUUAGAGCCGUCAGAGGUGAACCCUCGCUCCGAUCAUGGGAACCGUGUACCUAAUAGCCAGUUCCGGUUUCCUCUUAGUGGAAACCAUACUACAACUCUGUGUCGUAGGAACGCAUAGUAGCGGCUCGGGGGCAUUGUUCGUGGUCCUCCUGGCGCUUGUAAUGGCGCCAUUGAUUGUUAUUAACUUUGUGUCAGCCAUCCAGGUGACUCGGACUAAAGAUUUCACGGGCAAAAGUUGCGGCCGUUCCGUGUGCAUAGGGUUCCAUUCUGUACAGUUUGGGAUACUAUGGCGGGCAUUGAAACUUUUAAUACUUUACGACGAAGCCGACUGGCUGGAUUUUCUUAAUAUGCGUUUGUUUCAAUGCGGUUUCCAAAGCCUUCCAUUUUGUAUUGUUCUCGGGUACAGCAUGUUUGUCACUGAAACAAAGUCUGCCCUUGAUAUCAUCGCCAUUUUGAUAUCAACGAUCUCAGCAGCCGUUGCCCUGGUUACGUUUCGAACUGGCACAAAAGUGUAUGAAUCCCUAGAAUACGAAGAACGAAUCAAGAGGAUACGUUUACGUGUAGGAAUGAUCGUGUUGACGUUAAGUACAUGGUUGACGGUAGUAGCAAGAUGUGUUUCAAUUAUUUUAUUCUCAGUGUCACUUACAUACUGGAUAUUUAUACCUCUAGGAGUACAUUUCUUCAUUCAUUUGCUCAUAGAAUCAUGCAACAUUACUUGCUCAGAAGAGGGAACGUUGUCGAAAGUGGUCACUGCCGUUUAUAUUGCGUUCGUGAACGUCUUUGACUUGGUAGGAAAGGAAUAUUCCGGUGUAAAGUGUUCAUAUGUGUUAUACUAUUCCGUAAUGCUAAUUGAAAACUUAGGCCUAAGUUUCUACUGGAUGUUAACCGCGAACGAAGAAUACGGGGACCAGUUCAAGCUUAUGUUGGUGCUAGCAGUUAUUUUGUGCUUUGUGUUCGGACUUAUUUUAAAGUUUGCCAGUUGUGGAUGUAUUUAUAACAUAGAGUCAGAUAUUCUGAGUGACGCAUUUAACAAUCCUGAACUUAAGGAUGAUAAGCCUUUACAUAAAGCGGACCAGCAGCUGAAUAAUACCAUAGAAGUCAUAGCAGACGUCAAUGAUCAAGCGCUUUAUGAGCACGAACUUCCGGGUAACUCAGACGCUCAUUUAAAUGCAAUUGCAUUAACAGUAGAUUCGUCACCGCUACCAGUGAUUGCUAAUAGACGACAGAAACGUCCAACACUGAGCAGCUCAACAAGCUCUUCAAUGACCCCGAGCAAGACAGUUGGAGAGUAUGAAAACCAAGCGUUUGUGCGAUCCCAGGGUAAUGUGUCAUUGAGCUCACAACACACUGUAAAAAGCCAUAAACUUUCGCAUGGAAGUAGCCAACAUCACAGUGCCAACAACAGUCAAGAACUCUCGUUCAAGAGCAGCAAAAGUGGUAGUAAAGGUCGUUCUAGUAAAAAGAAAAGUGAAGACGAGUGUUCUCGUGAAAGAGUAAAACCAAGCCUCCCUGUGAUACUGACUAAUUCAAAAGAACAAUUGCCGGAUUUUAAACAUAACCGCAUAGCAAAGGUGAAACCCACCAUCAUAAUAUCGGACACCAGCAAACAUGACACAUUACCUAAACAAAACAAUAAACAUCAUCCCGGGGUUAAAGAGAGUAACUUGACUUUGGAUUCAUCUCAUAGUAAAUAUAGUAGAAACACACAUACCAUGAACGGAAGUGAAAGGUAUUAUGGGUACAAUGGAUUUGAGGACCCGUACAGAGAAAGAAGGCAGCUAACCAGAAAACCUCAAAACAGAGUUCAUCAUAACCGCCAGUAUCAACAACACCAACAUCAUCCCCACCACCAACAACAACAGCAACAUCACCAUCAUCAUCAACAACAACACCAACACCAUCGCCAUAAUCGUAACAUGGAUUAUUCACUAGACUCAUCAGAACUGUAUCCUUCCAUGACGUCAGACACAUCAAGCGUUUCCACAUACACGGAUAUGAACGCGCGGAACCGGCGAAGAUCUCAACAAAGAAACGCUCGGCGCAUGCACAAUUAUGACUCGCGUGACGGUUACUCAACGGAUGUGUCUAAUUCGGAUUACCUCAGUUUUAACGAUUACUCCAUGGAAGAUUCCAGCUCGUGGACAGGAUCCACCGAAUCCUCCUCCUCAGACGGAGCCGCCACCUGGCCACCUUCUCAAUCGGGAAACCUGCUGAAGAUGUACAACAUACCGGAUAGGGAAUCUUCCACCGACAAUAUCAUCCACUGGCUGGAGGCCAUGGAACACGAGUACAGCGAGCAGCAUGAUGCCUCGUUCUCUACGUUGCACGAGCGGUCCCUCGUCAGCGACACGGACAUCAGUCUCAGCGCCAUGAAGGAUUUCGAAGUAAAGAAAGAGAAGAAGAAAUUCCGGAGGCUCAUGUCCAAGCCAAAAGGACUGCUGCUCAAGUUCUCUAGUUUGAAUUAUAAAGGGAAAGACAAGAAACAUCAAGAAAGACCGUACCCAUUGAAGAAAACCAACGCCUUACAUGAAGAUGAGCGACGUCAUCAAAAACGUGUACAUGUGAACGUGGGGUUCGAGUCGGCGCCGGAAGUUGUAGCUCGUCCACCGUCCACUGUGCCUCUUCCAGUUGAUAACGUUCAAGAGUCUAUUGUUUGAACGUGAUUUUGUUGUACCUAUAUCAAUGCAAUGCGAAGUAUAGCUGAUUUACUGUAUUGCAACAUUGAUUUUGUCCUUUACAAAUUGUUUUGCUUUAGCUAUAACUAUCACGAAAAAUUGAAAUAAAUGUUAUCACGUAAGGAAAUAAUUUGUGAAAACUAACAGCAGAAAACGAAUAAGUUUGGUUAAAUGAUAAAUUAUUAAGAUUUUUUUCUCGUUGUCAAUAUAACAACGAGAGAUCUCAUGAGUCCAAGCGAAAUUGAUGUCCAUUUAUGUUUGCUCUGCCAGAGUUUUCAGAUAACUGUUGAUCAAUGUAAGACGAUAAUUUUGUCUUAAUUCUUACAAAAUCUGUAAGAUGAUUAAUCAAUGAACACUGAAUAUUUGCAUUUCUGUGUCAAGUUGGUGCUGUGUGAGUUAGAACAUGUCUGAAGUUUUGUUAUAUGAUUUGCUCAUGUUCUUUGAAAAAUAGAAAAUAUGAAAUCCUA